GUCUGCUUCAAAGUUUAAACCCUCGAGGCUCAUGCUUGCUGAAGAAAAACCCUUGACCUUGAGGCUCAUGGCUGUGGCGAACCAAGCACCAGCACCUUCUACAACCUCCGGAAAGAUCAGCCCCAAAACGGUGGAACAAGCCGUUAGAUCUCUCCUGAGGUGGAGAAAAUCCAAAUCCGAGGACGAGAAGUCCAAGUCAUUGAAUCAGGAAGACGAGUUCUGCUACCUCGUUCUCUCUCUCCAUAAAAUCCCCCAUAAGGACCGCGCAGAUACUUAUAAGAUUCUUCUCCCGCAUUCCCUUCUCUCCGAAUUUUCCCAGCUCUGUCUAAUCAUCGAUGACCGACACAAGAAAGGACUCAACAAGGAGGAGACGCAGAAGAAGAUCAAAUCGGAGAACAUACGCGUUUCGAAUGUCCUGAAGCUCUCGAAGCUCAAGUCCGAUUACCGUUCGACCGUGGCGAAGCGAGAACUAUGUGAUUCAUACGAUAUGUUUUUCGCGGACAAGAGGGUGAUUCCGCAGUUAUCGAGCUUACUGGGGAAGAAGAAGAUUCCUGUGGCAUUGGAUUUGAAGAAUAAGAAUUGGAAAGAGCAGAUUGAGAAGGCGUGUUCUUCUACAUUGUUGUGUUUGAGAACAGGUACGUGUUGUGUGGUGAGAGUGGCCAAAGUGUCAAUGGAGAGGGAUGAGAUUGUUGAGAAUGUGGUUGCUGCUAUCAAUGGUAUCGCCGAGGUUGUGCCCAGUAAGUGGGGGAAUAUAAGAUCGCUUCACUUGAAGCUGUUAGAGUCUCUUGCAUUGCCUAUUUAUCAGAAUUCUACUUCCAAUUAAUUAUACAUUCCAUGUACAUGAGCUAUGCCCAAAAUUUAAAAUUUUGUUUCAGUUCUCAUUACUCAUUAUAAGUAAUGAGCUUAUGUGAGAACAGGUGAGUGUGUCGUCUAUUGAAGAGAAUAUGGUAGAAAAUUGUUUGAAA